UGUGCUCUCCAGUCAACAUGGCGGAAGAUAGCUUAGUCGAAGGCGAAGAUGAGAACAUUUUAUACGAUUUGCUCGUUAUUACCGAAUGGCUUCCGGAGAGUGACACUCAGCUCCGAGGCAACAAGGAACAUAACACCUCCCUUGUUGCAAAAGCAGUGACAGGCCCAUUUCGCCUUAUCCUGCAGUAUUUGUGGUACAGCCCCUCCAGCUCUUCUCUACCACUCGGUCUCCUGCAGCUGGUGAACAAGCAGAUUGACUGGCAGCUGGUGCUCGCGAGUAACGGCAAGCUGCUGGCGGUGGUUCAGGACCAGUGCGUGGAGAUCAGGUCUGUGAGAGAUGACUUUGGCACAGUCAUUGGGAAGUGCCAGGUGCCGAAGGACCCCAAUCCCCAAUGGCGGCGGGUGGCGUGGAGCCACGACUGCGCCCUACUGGCGUUCGCCGACAGCACGGGCACAGUGCGCCUCUUUGACCUCGUGGGCAGUGAGCUGUUUGUCAUACCGCCGGAGCUGAGUUUCCCCGGAGAUUUCAGCUGUGCCGUAGCGGGCCUCAUCUUCCUCGAGUACAUGGGCGGCGCUCAGUGGUCGGCCGAGCUGCUUGUCAUCACGUACGGGGGCAGGCUCAAGAGCUACCUGGUCAGCGUGGGCACCAAUCAGAACUUCCAAGAGAACCACAACUUUAGCUUCUCCACCCACUACUCCCAUGGCAUUACCUCGGCUAUUUACCACCCGGGUCAUAGACUGCUGCUUGUGGCCGGCUGUGAUUCAGGGGACGACGGGUCGUCCAAGGCCUCCUCUUGCGGUCUCACGGCAUGGAGGGCACUCUCCGGCUCACCCCACUACAAGGAGGUCACCUGUUUUGAGGACGACAUCAACCCGAGCCAGAAACGAGGAUUCUUGAGAAUGCUUAUGAAGCUGUUCAGCAGACAAGGAGAUGGAAAGGACGGCGUAUUCCGUAUGAGCCUGAGCCCCGACGGGACCCUGCUGGCUGUCAUCCACUUCUCAGGUCGCCUCUCAAUCUGGGACGUACCGUCGCUUAAACAGAGGGCUGCGUGGGAGCAGGACCAACAGCCAGGAUUUGAGGAGAUCAAUCCCGAGUGGAAGACGUCACUGGAGAGGAGGAAGAAAAUAAAAGAGAAGGAGCAGUACCAUCCGCUGGUGGACGUGAACUGGUGGAGCGACAACGUGCUGAUCCUGGCCCGAUGUUCCGGCUCUGUCACCGUCUCGUCCGUCAGGAGCCUCCGCAACCUUCUGGGCAAAUCCUGCGAGUGGUUCGAACCCUCGCCCAAAGUCACGGCUGCACAUGACGGUGGAUUCCUCAGCCUGGAGUGUGAGGUGAAGCUAGCUCAGAAACGCGGGCGACUGGAGAGCAACCUCGGCGGCAUGACUGGUGACGAGGAGGAAGGUGAUGACGUGGGAGACUCCGACUCGGACGACGAGUCCUCCGCCAAGGCUCGCUAUUUUGGCUACAUCAAGCAGGGCCUGUACUAUGUGACGGAGAUGGAACGCUUCGCGCCCCCACGCAAACGGCCUCGCACCGUCGUCAAGAACUACCGGCUGGUUAGUCUGAGGUCCACCACUCCUGAGGAACUGUACCAGAGAAAGAUUGACAAUGAAGAAUACGGUGAGGCCUUGUCUCUCGCCCAAGCAUACAAUCUGGACUCAGACCUGGUCUACCAAAGACAGUGGAGGAAAAGUACAGUCAGCAUCGCCUCCAUACAAGACUAUCUUAGCAAGAUCCGCAAGCGCUCGUGGGUACUGCACGAGUGCGUGGAGCGCGUCCCGGAGAACGUGGACACGGCUAAAGAGCUGCUGCAAUACGGCCUGAAGGGCACUGACCUGGAGGCACUCAUCGCCAUUGGUAACCGAGAGGAUGGGAGCAGGUUCAUCAUGCCGGGCGAUGUAGACCUAGACGACCUUCCCUAUGAGGAUCUGUCAGACGAGGAGGAAUCAGAGAUGAAGGAGAGCAGGAGGAAACGAGAGCUGCUGGACAAGGUUGACUUCACCAGGCUGACGCUGGAGCAGAAGGAGCUGUGUAGGAGCCGACUGAAACUGCUGUCGUACCUGGACAGGCUAGCAACGUACGAGGAGAUACUCGGCGGUCCCCAUGCAGCCGAGCAGAAAUAUGACGCAGAGUUCUUCAAGAAGUUCCGUAAUCAGAAUAUUGUUUUGUCGGCACGGAACUACGCCAGGGAUAGUAAUGUGCAGGCUCUGGACAUCCUCUUCACGUACCACGGGGCAGAGCUACUCCAGCAUCGACUUGCCAUCCUGUCCAACUUCCCCGAGACCACCUCUCCGCAUGAGUACACCAUCCUGCUGCCUGAGGCCUGCGUUGACGAGCGAGGCGAGCGGGUGCUGAUAGCCUGGGAUGAGCAGAGACACCGACAAAGCGACUGGUGCGAGGCGGACGAGUGCAGGGCCAUGUUGGAAUCAAACCUGUUUGAUGACGACACCUUCCUGUACGAGGACGCUCCAGAUUUGCUGCGCUUCCGCUCUGCGACGCCCUCCGUGCAGAUCCUGGUCGACUGGUACUGCAGCCGAGCGCGGGAUAUCGAAUCCUGCUCCCGACAGGUGGACUGUGCCCUGUCGCUGGUGCGUCUGGGAACAGAGCGCAACAUCCCCGGCCUGGAGCUGCUGUGCGACGACCUGGUCACCCUGGAGACACUGGUCUACGAGACGCUGGGCGACCUCAACCUGACACUCCGAGAUCUGCAGCAGCUCGCCAACAUAGACAAGCUGCGCCUGCUCAUGAACAACUCCAGCAGAGAGCGCUAUGUGAGAGAUGCCUUCCAGUGGAUGGUGCCCUUCCUGCACCGCUGUGAGCGACAGGAGGAGGGCGCCGCCGAGCGUCUGCUUCGAGACUUUCUGGUGGGCCUGGCCUGCCACGACCUUGCCUUCCCCCUCAUCAUCUUCCAGCACUCCAAACCUGAUUGUCCGCAGAAGGUGAUCGGGGUCCCUGACCAGCUUAUGGCGGUAGCCCUGGAGUGCAUCUACUGCAGCGAGAGGGACGACCAGCUCAGCCUGUGCUAUGACAUCCUAGAAUGUCUUCCUCAGAGGGGCUUCGGGCCAGAGACGGACAUCACCUCAUCUCUGCACGAUGGGGUGGACAAACUGGAGAAGCACCUCAGUGUGGCCGAGGUUCUGGAGAAGCACGGCCUGCAGAAGCCCAUCGCGUGUAAGAACAGCCAGAACAGCACAGAGGAAGCCCACCAGCUCAUGGUCAAGCUGUGUCGUCACACCGGGCGCAAGAACCCUCCAGUAGGCGAGACAGUGUGGAGAGGUCUGCUGCAGGAUCUGCUAGACAUGCAGCAGAACGUCUACACCUGUUUGAAAUCAGAUACGUGCCACCAGAUCUUUGUUGAGUCGCUGCUGUGCUCCAGCCGGGUGGAGAACGUGAGUCUGGCGGGUCAGCUGAUGCACUGCUCCAAGGUCAGUCAGGAUGUCCCCGUGAGUCUGUCGUUCCGUGGUAAGGGCUACGCCGUGAAAGUGGCCUACGACAACAGCGUGGAGUUGGUGUUGGCCGCCGCCAGAGAGUACUUCAACUCUUCCACCACGCUGACAGACCCCUGCAUGGGCCUGGCCAGGACUUGUCUCCAGCUCAUCAGUGACUGUCCUCCGGCCAUCCAAGAGGAGCUGGACCUCAUCGACGCCCUCAGCCAGCUGGAAGACUUUGGCGUCAACAUUCUGCCGCUGCAAGUGCGUCUGCGCUCCGAUCGGCUGUCUCUCAUGGAGGAGUGCGUCGCCCACUGCGCCGCUGCCUACAAGCACUCCACCACUCUGCUCUGUGUGGCAGCUCUUCUGCGAGUGGCAGGGGAUGAUGAGGCUACCCGCAAAGGCCAAGUGUUGACCCUGCUAGCUGAGCAAGCCCUCCAGUGUCUGGACUUCAAGGCUUCUUACAUCCACUGUCAGGAUCUCAUGACUGCAGGUUACAGUCUGGCCUGGGAUGUGUGCAGUCUGCUGGGCCAGUGCGAAGGUUUCACUGACCUGGAAGCCAGACAGCAGCUGCUGGCCUUCUCGCUCACACACUGUCCGCCCGACAACAUCCACACACUCUUGGCUGCCUCCAGCGAUCUGCAGACCCAGGUCUUGUACCAGGCAGUCAACUAUCAAAUGGAGCCUGAGAUUUCAGAUGGUGCAAUAGAAGUAGAUGAAAGCAACUCAUCCAAGGCGGUGGGCCCCCACGGGGUGACGGCGGGGGAUCUGCUCCACAGGACGACCGCCAAGACCAUGAAGGUGCUGGCCACGACGGGUCUGACCACCAAGGCCGUGCUGAGCGCGGUCGGCGAUCACCGCUGGUUGAAGCAGUCGCUCAACUACCUGCGCCCGCUGAAUUGUCCAGACGACGGAGCCGCCAGCAAGGUUCGCUCAAGUGAGAAUUCCAAGCUGGAACGUCAAGGUUGUUGCUCCUUCUAUCAAGAGCUCAUUGACCUUCCCUAUGUAGACCUGAGUCAAGACGUGUAUUCGUCCUACAAAGAUGUUCCCCCCGAGAACUUCGCCGAGGUGUUGCUGAGGACUGGCAAACUGGCCGAGGCCAAAACGGAAGGGGCGACCUUAUUUCCUGCCACAGAAGUGUUGUUGCAGCUGGCCAGCGAUGCCUUUCCCCGGGACACCACGCUGGCACUGGCCUACUUACUGGCCCUACCUCAGGUCCUGGAUGCCAACCAGUGUUUCGAGCAGCAGUGCCACACAGCCUUGUCUCUCCAGCUGGCCGCUUACUAUUACUCCCUGCAGAUCUACAGCCGCCUGCUGCCCUGCUUUAAGGACAAGAAGCACACACUCUACCAGGUUGACCCAAAGGUGCUGAUCCGUCUGGUCACCCAGCAUGUAUCCGCGUACUCGGGCUGGCCCGAGGACCUGCAGAAGCUGAUCGCGCAGCUCCACGCGUACAACGAGCGGCUGACCGACUUAACGCAGGCGCAGGUGCUGCAGGGUCUGGGCCGCGGCGUGGACGUUCAGCGCUUCAGCUCAGACCCCAACUACAAGAAGGAGACCAUCCUCGGCCUGGCGGAGACCCUGGAUGAUACCGUGUACGGCAUCUCGGUGUCGCUGGCUAAGCGCUAUCGUGUUCCUCUGUGGGAGGUCCACAUGACUCAUCUGGAGUUCCUCUUUACAGACAGCGGUCUCUCCACCAAGGACAUCGAAUCCCGCAGCGAGUCGCUGGGCCUGUUUGCCACCUUGAAGAGCGACCCGCAGGCCUUUUACAGCCACAUGAGCAAGUACGUCCUGCCCAGCGUGGAGGGCGGCGACCUGGGCCGGCUGCUCUACUACUACACCCUGCUGGACGCUGCCGGCUGCCAGCCGUACAUGGCCGCCACCAUCACGCCUGACAGCCACGUCAAACUACUUAAGAAGCUCCGCACUGUAGCCAGCGGCUUAAACUACCGCCAGCUGACCGACGAAUCCCAGGACCCACUGGCCGCUCUAGAACCAGUUCUGACCAGUCAGAACGUGUUGUCCAUCUCUAAACUGGCCAAUCUGCUGCCGAGGCCCGGCUGCGGCCAGGGAGUGACGUUGUCGCCUAGCGCGGUCCACGCCACGUGGCUGCAGAAGUUGUUCUGGAAGGGCGACGCCCAGCUACUCAAGAGACCCCCACAGAACGACCAGGACUACCUGCACGCUUAUGACACCUGCGCCAAGUACCUUGACAGACUGCUUCCUGUCGACGCCGCUCACUUCCUGGAUGGCAUCACCUUCUCCACCGAGGCCGUCACACACCUGAGCAUCCCAGCCCGCUCCGAGGUGCUCCGGCGAGCCACCAAAACCCUGCGGCAGUUGGCUGAGAAGAGGAAGAAGCGAGGAGGAGGAGGAGGAGGAGGAGGAGCAGCAGCAGGUGGUGAGGUGGCCAGCGAACAGGAAGGGGCGGAAGCAGCGGGGAUGACUUUGGACGAGGCACUGGUGCACCUGCAGCAAUUGCAGGCCCACCUGGAAACGCUGAGUCACGACUUCAUCGCGUCGCUGCGAGACAGCCAGCAGGAGCAGCUGCGGGGCUACAGUCAACUUUAUGAUGUGUCCCGCUCCGAAAAGUCCAAGGUCCGUGAACUGGCAGUCGCCAUGGCGACCGAUGGGCAACCUCUCCAGAGCAUCCGCGAGCUACUGCGCGUCGCCGUGGGACCACUGGACUUUUCCGUCAAAAGUGUGCUGCAAGAUGCCGUGGACAGAGUGGUCGCUUUGCUAGGUGUCGACCUCGAUGUCCUGACAAACCACACGGCCGCCCUUGGCGUGCUUGAGGCCAUUGCAACGGCUGUACACAACAGCGUGCAGGCGGGCGACAGUGCGGUGAGCUCUGAUGACCUUCUGGCCUGGCUGCGACCGUUCUGCAGCGACCCAUCGCUGCCGGUGCGUCCGCGCAUCGCCGUGCUUCAGAUCCUGGAGAGCAACUUUAGCAUGCGCGACGCCGACCUCCGACUCCUGCUGCUCUACAGGACGCAGGCUGUCCUCAAACACUCACAGGUGCAGAUCGAGGAUGUGGAGAACGAGGAGAAGCGCUACAUCCUUUUCCUGGAGCUUUUGGAGGCUGCGCGCCAUUGGGAGGACUUCCAGACGCUCGUCUUGCUCCUGCAAGCUUGGCCGCCCAUGAUGCAAGUCGAUGUGGCCGUCUCUGAGCGUAACCCCUGGGUUCUGCUGACUUCAGCCAUGCUGACCCACUGCCAGGGGCUGGAGGUGGAGGUGGACCUGGGUCAGCAGGUUGUGACCAUGGUGCGAUCCCUGUACAACACCAAGCACAAGCUCCCUGCGCAGUGCAUCCGAAGUGUGGCCGAGCUGCUGCAGCCCAGCCUCCAGCAGCCCGCGCUCAAGCUGAUGGCCGAGAGCGGUGACGCCGAGCUGCUGCAGCUAACUCUGAAUCAAGUCAACGCCAUGACCGCAGAGACGGCCGCGGCGGCGUGUGACGGCGAGCUCCUUUCUCUGCUGCUGGACGCCGGACUCCUGGUGGGCUGCAUAUCGUCGGCCGCCUACCCGCUGCUGCACGCCCACCUGCUGGCGCAUCAGCGGGAGGGCGGCUGGGAUGUGGAGAAGGCCGCCGCCCAGCUGCUGGCGGCCGGCCAUGGGGCCGAGGCGGGCUCCCUGCUGCUGGCCCACCACGGCGCCCUUCCGGCGCAGUUCACCUUUAACUCGGCCCUCGCCGCCCUCAAGAAGUGGCUGUGAAGUGCGGGUAAAGUUUCCCAGACAUUUUCAGUGGUGGUCAAAAUAUCAAUGAACCAUUUUUCUUUAACAUCCAGCAGUCAGGAAUCAACAAGCAGGCUGUUUAUGCUCAAAAGCUGUGUCCCAUUGUGUGAUGAAAUAAUUGCCAAGUGACUGUGGAAUAUUAUCAGCCUUGUUCUUUUUGGGGGGGUGGGGGGGGGGGGGGGAGUCCCUCUGUUGUUUAAAAUGCAGGCUUGGCACCAUUGUCAUACUAGUGUCACAUUAAUUCCCACAAUUUUAGCGUCAAGUUGUGUUGUACACCAGCUAACAAAAACAAAAGCCAGUCAUCAUGGAGCGAUAAUAAUACCUGUUCUAGGGAGAAUUUAAUAGUAAAUUGUACAAAAGGGAAUGAAUUGAUAUGAAUUAAAAUUUGCUUAUGCUUGCAACACAAACCUUGACCUGUUAUAAUUUGUGUUACUCAAAUCCUACGACAAAAAAAUUUGACAAAUGCUGCAGAUGAUCAAAUGUAGCUCUCAAAUGCCUAAAAGGUUUGUAACAAAAGGGCCAAACCACUUAGAAUAACAUUUCAAUAUUCUAGAACAGAUGCCACGAAUGACCCCUGACCAUAAGACCAUUGUAGCCAUAGAGAAGCAUGAAGAAAGCCAUCACAAUAACAGCUGGUGUAUCAAAGAAACGGGUUGUGGGGGAAAAUCCCCUUAGCAUCACACUUCAAAAAAUAAAUACAAAAUAAAAAUGUUGCUCCAAAAACUGUAAAAAUGCUGUGCUGAAAAUACCCAAUUUAGUAUAAUUUCUAAAAUUAAAUAUUUGCCAACUGUCUGGUUUUAGUAAAUAAAGCAGGCAGGAAUUGGUCAACCAACAUCACAUUGUCGCAAUAUUUGCACUUCUGUAAGAAUGUGAAAAGAGCUAAAAAUGGUGGCCCCCGUAAGCAUGUAGAUGCCAUCUUUUAAAUGUUUUUUAGAAUAAAUACAUUUUAGAUUUAAGUAAACAGUAAAUGAUAAAGAAGAUAUGCACAUUCAAAAUAUAACAGAACGUUAGUUCCCCUUUAAGUGAGUUUUUCCCCUCAAACUUUCUAAAAUAAAAUAUAGACGUAAGGCUAACUGCACUGAAAAAUAUUAUGAAUAUACACACGCACACACACUUAAUCAUGAAUUAAUAAAAAUUACAAAUGGUGGUUCAUAAUAAGGGUAAAAGGCCACAAAUGCUAUGCAGGAAAACCCGUUUUUGCCUGAAAAACUAAACUAAUUUUGUCAUUUUUAGGGCUAUGGCAUAUUAUUUUCAGUUGCAUUAUUUGUUCAAACCCCUGCAAUGCAAAAUACUGCAACAAAGACACAAAUGCUGUGCUGAAAACACCCAAUGUAGGCAGAAAAUGUCAAUUUAGUUUAUGGUUUAGACAAUUUUCCUAACCCUCUGAAAUAUUGUUACAGUUAACGCAAAAUCCCUUGAAAUUUUUGUGAAAACGUGCUCACAUUGUUUGUGUGACCAUGUAAAAUAUGUCCUUGUGUCUCACUAACCACAGCUGAAAUCAAUAAAAACAAACAGAUCACCUCUGAAA